ACAGAGAAGGACACAAACUCCUUUCCUUAGAUUCAUUUCCUCUCAAGCAUUUUGGCAGGAGAAUUCCUAUGACACAGGGAAAAUCAGGCCCUCUGCAUUACUCCAGACUACACCCUGCGGCAACAGGAUGCUUGGCUGGAUGGAGAGAGUGCUGCCUCACCCUCCUGGGACCCCGCACCCGCCACCCCUAGUGGAGAACGGAGACAGAAAAGCAGACCCCAGGGUGAUAACUGUCGCACCCAGGCCUGGAGAGGCAGAGCAGCUGCCAAAAGGAAACUCCACAGGUCCAGGAAAAUCUUCCAACUGCGGUCAGACAGAGGGGGCAGGGAAGAAAGUGACAUUCAUCACAACCCAGGAGCCAGGCCCAUCCUCAGUGUCUUCGGCUGAAAGUGCUGGAAGGGGUGUCCUGUCAUGGCUAUCUCAGGAGCUGGGAAAGGUCCUCCCUCAGCCAGCCCAGAAUCCAGGGAUGCUGCAGACCAUCGGAAAGAGCUUCGAGAACAGUUUGGACUUCCCUGACCAGACUGAAGUCCAGAGCAUAAAGGAGGAUGACGACCUACUAGAGAUAACUACCCUCGCUCCGGAUGAAGAUGAGCUUCAGGAUCAUGGCGAGUUGCAUUCCAGCUCAGAUAAUAAUGGCUCCGAAAAAGGGACUGGCAGCAGGGUGAUUAGCUGGCUGGUGCAGGGAUUUGGGAAAAUGAUCCCGCAGCCGGAAAACAUGAACAAGCUUGAGGGUGUAGCGGAGCGGGAAGCUGAAGAGGCAGCCGUAAGAGAAGCUCAAGCAGAAAGUAAAGUGAGUAAGACAAGGACAGCACCAAAGGGCGGCUCUCAAGCAAGUCACAGCGUAUCAGGAACCUCACAGCAGGCAUCUACAGACGGCCUGUCGGGACUUGGCGCCUCUCUCUUUCCUCAGACGCUAGGUGGCGACGGUGGCAGGGUGUUCAAGUGGUUUGUUCAAGGAAUGGAGAAGGUGAUUCCACAGCCUCUGGCCAGAAUGAAGCAAGAUGCUCAGGCUGCAGAAGUUGCAACCUUGUGCCCAGUGGAAGAGAGGGGGGAAGGGGCUUAGGGCCUCUGAAACAAAUGGAAAAUGAAGACCUUGGAGAACUGCCAUUGCCCAAAAUAAAG